AUGGCGCCGCUUCCUGGGUCCAUCUUCUCGAGCUGGACGCCCUCGCCGACGAGCUCUGCGUCAAGCCGCCGCCGCGCCUCCUCGGACCCGCCGCCUCAAGAAGCGACCACCCUCGGCCCUUUGUCCUCGCCGUCCUCGCCAACCUCUGCCCUCGACGAGCAGCACCUCGGCCGCACCCUGCACCCGACCUUCGACGCGCAACACAGCCGGUCGACACCCUCAGCAGCCGACGAGCACGCGCCUCGCUCGGUGUCCGACCAUCCGCCGGCCUCGUCCCCGACCACGACGACGACGCCCACCUCCUCGUCCAGCUACCGCGACAUGCCGUUCCCGUUCCUGCGCCGCGCCAACAGCGUCACGUCGCUCCCGGUCCUCCCUCCCGUCGUCGACUCGACCUCGUCCCUCUCCCUCUUCCCCUUCGCCAAGUCGCGCAAGCUCCUCGCCAACCCGGCCGCCGCCGCCUCGACGAGUGACCUCCCCUCCCUGUCCGCCUCGCCCUCGCCCUCGUUCGACACGCCGACCCGCCCUCGCUCGCCGACGCCGCUCUCGGCCCCGCCGGCUACAGCCGCCGCCGCGCCGACUCGCCCAGCUCGCGCCCUCGAGCGCGGCACGAGCGCCGCCAUCGGGCCCAAGGCGGGCGCCAGGCUCCUCGCGAGCAAGGAGGCGCAACGCGCCGUGCGCGACGCCGAGCUCGUCGCGGCGACGGCCGCAGUCGGCGGCGACGAGUUGAGCAUCCGCGAGCAGCUCGCGACCCCGGGCCAGCCGGUCGGCUCGUCGGCCGAGCGUCUCGUGCGUCGCGUGCCGGUCCCGGAGCUCGUCGACGGCGCCGAGCCGCAGUCGAGCCCGUCGCACGAGGACGCGACGCCUCGCCGCCGCCGACCGAGCCUUCCUCCCGCCGCCGACGACGGCCGCCGCCCGGUCGCGAGCGCUGUCACGUCCAAGGACAAUGUCGUCUCGCCGACUCGCUCGUCUCGUCGUCCACCUGUCGCCGGGCUCAACAGCGGCGCCGAGCCGGGUCGUUCGACGGCGCCGAGGCAGCGCAGCUCGAGCACGGGCUCGACGUCGAGUUUGAGCAAGGACGCUGUCCUCGGCCAGCUCGCCGAGGCGGUAAGGCGCGAGAAGAAGAAGAGCGAGAUGUACCAGCGCGAGUUUGAGCGAGGCGAACAAGAGUUGUCCGAGAUCGCCCUCAACCUCGACGUCCUCAAGGAGAAGUUCGCCACCUCGCUCGCCCAGCAAGAGCAGGUCAUCGCCAACCUCGAGACCGAGAUCGACGAGCUCGAGUCGGAGCUUGAGCGCGCCAAUGACCUUGACGAGGAGGCUGCUCGCGAGUACCUCGACCUCCUCACGGCCUCUACUUCGAUCGAGACGCUCAAGAGCAAGGCCCCCGUCGUUGGCGCGUUCGACCUCGACGCCCUGCGCUCGUCGGCCCCGCCAGGACCAGCCUCGGCCGGCGACUCGUCUGCCGCCGCCGACAAGCCUCGGCGCCUCCCGUUCACCUUCCGCCGUGGCCUCAGCCUCAAGCGUCGCGUCGACACGCACGUCGCCGCCUACGACACGGUCGCGAGCAAUGCGCCGCUGCCCAAGCCGCCUCUGCGGCGCGCGUCGGUUCCUCCUCCCGCUUCGACCUCGACGCCGACCGACUCGAGCGGCGCCAUCCCUCGCCGUCCGCGCAAGCUCAGCAAGUCGCGCACGACGCCGUCUAUCCCGACCGUCGGCUCGCCCGCCGCCGCCGCCGGUUUUGCGCCGAGCGGUCGCCCGCCGCUCCCUCCUCCCGCGCCCGUCUUCCCCGCCGUCGCCUCUCCGACCCUCCCGACCAACGCUCGCCCUCGUCCACCGCGCGUGUCGCCUCCUCGCCUCGUGCAACCCGCACGCGCCGCACCGCCCGUCGCGGGCGUCUCGCGCUCGCGCCUCUUCGGCGGCUCGAGCCGCAGCCAGGCCCAGGGCAGCCUCACGGACGGCGAGCGCGAGGACGGCGGCGUCAAGGGCAAGGCCGACCCGUCGUCUCCGGUCUCGGCCGGGCGCGAGGGCGGCACGAUGAGGGCGAGGAAGAGGACGAACAGCUUCAAGAAGGGCGUGCAGGGGACGAUGAGAAUGCUCUUUCCGGCGCACAACGCGACGAGGGCGGGCGGUCGCGCGUCGUCGCCGCCGGGCGAGAGCGUCCAGCAGUGGCUGCAGCGCGGUCGCGAGACGCAGGAGCUGCACCGAUAG